UAGAAGGGAGAUAUAAAAGACUGUCCCUUUCCCCAUAUUUUUCUAUGAUUCUCUCUAGCUGUUUCCAGCCAAAUUCCAUCUCCCACCGCUUUCUCUCUCAACCACACCCUUAUUCUCUCUCUCUCUCUCUCUCUCUCUCUCUCUCUCUCUUGUCUAUUCUUUCUCACUCUGAUAUAUACAGCUCAAUUAUUAUAGCAAAAAACUUAUAGUCUCUGUUUACAAUCAUCUACCAUUAACGAUCUGGCAAAGCUCAGUUUCACAAGCAGGAAAGAAAAUCUUGGAACAAUUUUAACAUUGGAGAAAGCUUCUAAAAGGAAGCUUGAGGAUAUAUAACUCUGGCCGAUAUUUUAGAGAUCUUAGCUAAAGCCGGAGCUGGCAUUUUUCCUUUGUUCUCCGGUCCAAGACUUUGUUUCAAUUGGCCUCUUUCACUUGUUUGGUGUCUUCCCAUUGAUUAUGGCUAAGUUUUGCUAAACUUAAUUACUCCUAAUGUGAACCUCUACUUGUGACAAUGUUCUCUCUGUGGUAGAGGCUCAAAAGUUAACCAUUAGAGAUGUGAGAAUCUAUAGAACAAUUUGCAAGAAAAAAAAGAAAAAAUUAUAAAAAAAUCAGUAUACAAAAAGACAUUUCUUUUUUGGGUCUUAGAUUUCAGACAGUUAUAAAGAUGGCCAAGUUCAAUUGCUUCUCUGUGAUUGGUUGGAAGAAGAAGAGUAGUAAGGACAAUGAUGAAUCUGCCAAAGUUGAUGAGUUUAACCAAGCUCCAAGCACCCUGCAAAUCAGGGUACAACAACCUUUGAAAUCAUCCACUUUUGGUGUCACAAUUCCAUUGGGAAUUGAUAAGAAUUCUGAGUGUAAUAUCAAGGUGAUUAGCCAUGAGAGUCCUCCUGUUGGGUGUGAGGCUGCAGAGGUAGCCUAUGAAGGGGAAGAUGAGCAUGAAGAGAACUCGUCGAUUAAGCGAAACCUUUCCGAUUUUGAUCUUAAAGUCCAUGAAAAAACCAACUCUGCUGAAGACAUAAAGAGUGGAUUUUCCAAAUCCUUUGAUGGUGAUGUUGAGGGGGAUGUUGAUCUUAUGCAAAGUGGGCAUGUUAGUGAUCCGGGGAUUAAGAUGACAGAGUUCUGGGCCUCCCCGAAUCUUAAGCGUUCGUGUUCGAAUUUGGAGACUAGUGAUGUGCUUAGAAAGAUAGCUGAUCAGUUGCCUCCACCAUCAAAGUCUCAAUCUUUUGAACAAUUGCAUGAAUUAGCCGAAAGAAUGAAAAGAGAUAUUAGCUUUGGAUCUCCUAAGUCUGUUAUGAGCCAUGGUAGUGCUGAUAGAGUUAUGCUUAAGAAGCACUCUUCAAGCCAAGUUCUUCCUUCUAGAAGCAGAAGGCUAUGGUGGAAAUUGUUCUUAUGGAGCCACAGGAACACUCACAAGCCAUGGACACCGAGACAAAAGGCGAUAUCUGCUGUCUUGAACCAACAAGGAGGGUACUCUUCAGAUACUCUUGAACCAAACAGAGGUGUAGAGUUUAGUAAGAUGGAGUCACCGGGUUCAUUCACCGGAGAAUCUCUGUUUCGAGGGAAAACAAUCCAUGAAGAUAAGCAGAGUUGGGAUGGUUUUCAUACCGGGGUUUCUGGUUUAUGGCCACAAAACCAGUGGCUUGCUUUCCCAACUGAAUCAUCAUCAUCAUCAUCUCCAUAUGCUAGAGUGGAAGAGUGGGUCAAACAUCUUGAGCCACACCAAAUCAAUGAAGGCGAAAACAACAUCAACAAUGAGGAAGAGGAGGGCAUUGUCUUCCCACCCGAGACUCCAUCGCAAGCAAGGUUCCCGAACCACUCAACUAGGCGAUCUGAUAUUAAUCUUUCUGAAGAGAUUUUACAUGCCAAUAGUGUCAUUCAAUCUCUUAAUUCAUCCUCAACUGUGGCUCACAUUGCUGGAAUUGGAUUAAAAGCCAUUCCCACCAUUUCAUGCUUUUCUAGUCUCAGAUCAGUGAAUCUCUCAAACAACUUCAUAGUUCACAUAACGCCAGGAUCACUUCCAAAAAGUCUUCAUUCACUUAACUUGUCAAGAAACAAGAUCAGCACCAUUGAAGGUCUUCGAGAGCUGACUCGGUUGAGAGUUCUUGAUCUCAGCUACAACCGAAUAUCUAGAAUUGGACAUGGCUUAUCGAACUGUCAAUUAAUCAAAGAGCUUUAUCUAGCUGGGAACAAAAUUAGUGAUGUCGAAGGGCUACAUAGGCUGCUAAAGCUCACAGUUUUGGACCUGAGUUUCAACAAGAUAACAACAGCUAAGGCGCUCGGCCAGCUUGUGGCAAACUACAACUCUCUGCAGGCUAUGAACUUGCUCGGGAAUCCUAUCCAGAACAACAUCAGUGAAGAUCAGCUGCGCAAAGCGGUUUGUGGGCUGCUCCCGAAGCUUGUUUAUCUUAACAAGCAGCCGAUGAAACCCCAAAGGGCUAGGGAGGUACUCACUGACAGUGUGGCCAAAGCUGCCCUCGGUAAUGGAGGAUACAACUCUCGUAGAAAGGCUGCGAAGAAGAUCAGCCAAGGCGGGUCGUCUGGGGCUGGACACAGGACCAGGCACCGGUCUAAGAACCGAGCUUUGCAGCCAACACCUUUGAUGAAGGCAUCACCUGCUGUUGCUUCAUCGUCACGUUAAGUGUUUUUAAUAUUUUGAAACUGUCAAAAAGGCAGAUGUUUUCUUUUUGAGGGUUGCAUGAACAUGUUUUUGUUCAGUACUAUGUGAACAUCUUUGAAAGUUUGUAAUUUGUUUGGAAUAUUGAGUUUGGGAGAGUUUAUGUUUGGAUUUUACAUUAUUGGCAAUGCUUUUUUCUUUCUACAAAA